AGGACACGUGCACGUGGAAGGCGGGGAGCCGAGACUAAUGUUGAACUUGUCAGCGCCCGCCUAAUUCGGGACGAUACGAAAUUGAAUUUCUAUGGCCGGACGGCAAAAACAUGGAGGCUGAUAUGAAACAGCUCCCAAGUUUCCGUCCUGCAAACGUUACCGUAUAGGCGGGCAGAUCAUGCCCCACGAAUGAGCUCAGACGCUUCGUCAGCAAUCCGAGAGCUGUUAGGAGCAGAUUAGUAUACACUGAUACAGGGGCUUGUAAUGGCUCAGAUUUAAGAGAAUGUCUUCCGCGAGACAACAUAUCCUUCCCCUCUCAACACACAAAGAGUCAAGAUGGGGCAUACGCUCAGAAAUGUCCGAAUUUUUAUUUUGUCGUUCACUCUCAUACUUGCGAUCGUGGUACUUGGCAUAAGUGCCCACCUCAUCGCCAUCCGACCUACAGACUAUUGGCGGUUUGCUGCGCUGGCAGUCGCAGUGUCCUCCUUGACAAUUCUCACCUUCCCUCUGUUUAUCAUACUUGCUUUUUCUGUUACUAGGCAGGGAAAACAUGGGGUGAUCGUUGCUGAGGCUAUGUGGAGCACUAUAAUGUGGAUCUUGUGGCUCUCAACUGGAGCUAACUCCACCCGUGCUGCCCGCAGAACUUUCUUUAGUGGCGCUUGCGGUGUCUUCACAUUCUACGGCAGCAAAACCUGCAAUGAGUUCAAGACCGUCGAGGCUUUCGCCUACAUCAUCUUUAUCAUCCUGCUUGGAUAUACCAUUGGGCUCAUGGUGUAUGAGUUCACGCACGAAAGUGAUCGUGGGACAGGUGCCAGCCGAGGAGGUAUUGAAACUGGAACCGGCCAGAAACCACCUCCUCAGACCCAACGUCAGCAGCAGUCUACUACCUCAGGUCAAUCAACUGAUGCUUCUCACGGCCAACAGAAGUCAGCAGAUGAUACGAUUCAGUUCCCUCAGCCUAAUCAGUAGGAAAUGCCCGCAACGUAGUCCCUAUUAAUAUUGCCUAAUUUUUGUAUUUUUAGCUGGAUAGUUUAAAUUGUAUCGUUAGCAUUGAUUUUUGGCAAUGUAUCAAACAGAUGG